UUGUUCCUGUGUGAAACUGACCUACGGAACAUUCUCUCUAACAUUAAUCAUUACUCUCUCUCAUAAUAAGAGCCGGAAGCAACCUCUGGUCCCCCAACACAGGAGCAGCAACGUGGGACCCACAACCCCUUGCAGGGCAGGCUAAGAAGGGCCUUUUCUCUUCUUUCUUGAUCUAAUUCUGUAGUCCUCACCAAGGGCUUGCCAAGGCAGGGGGGUGAACUGGCAGGAGAAAGCCCCUCCUCCGCCCAUUGGCCUCCCUUCCUUUCUCCCCUCCUUUCCUCUUCCUUGUUAGGCUGAUACAUCACAAGGACACUCUGCUUUUUCUGAGCACAUGGCAAGUCCCUGAAUCCCCCACAUUCUUCUCCUGUGAGCAUGGAGACAGACAAGAUGUCUGCAAUUCCUUACAUAGCCAGGUUCUGCUUAUUUUCCUAUCUGGUUAUGCACGGUAGCUUUUUGAAUAAAGUCCUGGGUAACUUUUCAAGCUUGACUCUGCUGCCUGAAUUGCGCUCCACUGCUGGCCCUGGGAGCUCCUGAUCUGCGGAACUGCUGUUGUUGCUGCUUCCCCCUUUUUGACUGCUUUUUCCCUUUUUGGAAAUGGCCCCAGACCCAUAACCUGGACGCUUCCCUGAGCAGAGAAGGCCUUCGUGCAGAGGAGGAGAGAGGCCCCAGGGAGGGAGUUGCGGAGCCCCUGCAGGAGAAGCUCCAGGCCGGAGCGGAGGAGGAGGAGGAGGACCAGCAGGUGCAGGAAGGUAACUUCUGAAAAAGUUCUUCGAAGAACACGGCGUGAGAGCUUUGCCCGAGGAGUGCUCUAAGUCUAAAGUGACUUCAAGAUACACAGCAAUGACAACAAGAAAAAAUAAUUAGUAGAAAAAUAUAUUUCAAGUUACAAACCUAUGCAGUUAACAGGAAGAAAUAAGAUUGUGCUGAAAAAAGAGAGGCUUGGAAAAGCGAGCAGAAGGCUACAGCAAUACAAAGAUUGUGCUAUUCAGGAGGUUAUGUCUGUGAACCCCUGGCGUAAUAUUUGAAUUAUAAAUAUAAAAGAAUGGCAAGUCCUCUACCUCCCUAUCCUAGAUCACAAACACGGGAGAAGUUACAUCAGUGUGUGGAAUGUGGAAAACAAUUUGAUAGGAAAGGUUCUCUUACUAGACAUGAACGGACCCACACAGGGGAGAAGCCACAUAAAUGCUUGGAAUGUGGGAAGAGCUUCAGUCGGAGUGACAAAUUACGUUCCCAUCAAAGGACCCACACAGGGGAGAAGCCAUAUAAAUGCAUGGAAUGUGGGAAGAGCUUCAGUCAGAGUAGCAGUCUGCGUAUCCAUCAAGGGGCCCACACAGGGGUGAAACCAUAUAAAUGCAUGGAAUGUGGAGAAUACUUCAGUCACAGUACCCGUCUGCUUAUCCAUCAAAGGAAGCACACAGGGGAGAAGCCCUUUAAAUGCAUGGAAUGUGGAGAAAGCUUCAGUCACAGUACCAAUCUACGUUCUCAUCAAAGGACUCACACAGGGGAGAAGCCUUAUAAAUGCAUAGAAUGUGGAGAAAGCUUCAGUCACAGUACCAAUCUACGUUCUCAUCAAAGGACUCACACAGGGGAGAAGCCUUAUAAAUGCAUAGAAUGUGGAGAAAGCUUCAGUCGGAGUGGCAGUCUACGUUCCCAUCAAAGGAAGCACACAGGGGAGAAGCCCUAUAAAUGCAUAGAAUGUGGAGAAAGCUUCUGUUGGAGUGGCAGCCUACGUUCCCAUCAAAGGAAGCACACAGGGGAGAAGCCAUAUAAAUGCAUGGAAUGUGGAGAAAGCUUCCAUUGGAGUGUCAGCCUACGUUCCCAUCAAAGGAAGCACACAGGGGAGAAGCCUUACAAAUGCAUGGAAUGUGAGAAGAGCUUCAGUCGCAGUGACAGCCUACGUUCCCAUCAAAGGACCCACACAGGGGAGAAGACACAUAAAUGCUUAGAAUGUGGAGAAAGCUUCAGUCGCAGUGGCAGUCUACAUUCCCAUCAAAGGAAGCACACAGGGGAGAAGCCAUAUAAAUGCAUGGAAUGUGGGAAGAGCUUCAGUCAGAGUGGCAAUCUACGUUCCCAUCAAAGGACCCACACAGGGGAGAAGCCAUAUAAAUGCAUGGAAUGUGGGAAGAGCUUCAGUCACAGUGAUAAACUACGUUCCCAUCAAAGGACCCACACGGGGGAGAAGCCAUAUAAAUGCAUGGAAUGUGGGAAGAGCUUCAGUCACAGUGAUAAACUACGUUCCCAUCAAAGGACCCACACGGGGGAGAAGCCCUAUAAAUGCAUGGAAUGUGGAAAGAGCUUCAGUCAGAGUAGCAGUCUGCGUAUCCAUCAAGGGGCCCACACAGGGGUGAAACCAUAUAAAUGCAUGGAAUGUGGAGAAUACUUCAGUCACAGUACCCGUCUGCUUAUCCAUCAAAGGAAGCACACAGGGGAGAAGCCCUUUAAAUGCAUGGAAUGUGGAGAAAGCUUCAGUCACAGUACCAAUCUACGUUCUCAUCAAAGGACUCACACAGGGGAGAAGCCUUAUAAAUGCAUAGAAUGUGGAGAAAGCUUCAGUCGGAGUGGCAGUCUACGUUCCCAUCAAAGGAAGCACACAGGGGAGAAGCCAUAUAAAUGCAUGGAAUGUGGAGAAAGCUUCUGUUGGAGUGGCAGCCUACGUUCCCAUCAAAGGAAGCACACAGGGGAGAAGCCUUACAAAUGCAUGGAAUGUGAGAAGAGCUUCAGUCGCAGUGACAGCCUACGUUCCCAUCAAAGGACCCACACAGGGGAGAAGACACAUAAAUGCUUAGAAUGUGGAGAAAGCUUCAGUCGCAGUGGCAGUCUACGUUCCCAUCAAAGGAAGCACACAGGGGAGAAGCUCUAUGAAUGCAUGGAAUGUGGGAAGAGCUUCAGUCAGAGUGGCAAUCUACGUUCCCAUCAAAGGACCCACACAGGGGAGAAGCCACAUAAAUGCUUGGAAUGUGGGAAGAGCUUCAGUCGGAGUGACAAAUUACGUUCCCAUCAAAGGACCCACACAGGGGAGAAGCCAUAUAAAUGCAUGGAAUGUGGGAAGAGCUUCAGUCGGAGUGACAGUCUACGUACCCAUCAAAGGACCCACACGGGGGAGAAGCCCUAUAAAUGCAUGGAAUGUGGAGAAAGCUUCUGUUGGAGUGGCAGCCUACGUUCCCAUCAAAGGAAGCACACAGGGGAGAAGCCAUAUAAAUGCAUGGAAUGUGGAGGAAGCUUCAGUCGGAGUGUCAGCCUACGUUCCCAUCAAAGGAAGCACACAGGGGAGAAGCCAUAUAAAUGCAUAGAAUGUGAAGAAAGCUUCAGUAGCAAUGGACAUCUACGUUCCCAUAAAAUGACCCACACAGGGGAGAAGCCACAUAAAUGCAUGGAAUGUGGUAAUAGCUUCAGUCGGAGUGACAAAUUACGUUCCCAUCAAAGGACCCACACAGGGGAGAAGCCGUAUAAAUGCAUGGAAUGUGGAAAGAGCUUCAGUCGGAGUGACAAAUUACGUUCCCAUGAAAGGACCCACACAGGGGAGAAGCCAUAUGAAUGCAUAGAAUGUGGAGAAAGCUUCUUUCAGCGAAGCAGGCUAUGUUCCCAUAAAAUGACCCACAUGGGGGAGAAGCCUUAUAAAUGCAUGGAAUGUGGAGAAAGCUUCCGUCGGAGUGACAGUCUACAUUCCCAUCAAAAGACUCACAGGGGAGAAGCCAUAUGAAUGCAUGGAGUGUGGAGAAGGCUUCAGUCAGAGUGACCAUCUGCAUUUCCAUCAAAGGACCCACACAAGGGAGAAGCCAUACAAAUGUACCCAAUGUGAAAAGUGCUUUAGAGAAAGUUCAGCAUACAGUAGACAUCACAGAA